UUUAAAAACAUACAGCUUUAAUCCCUUCAACAAUGUUAGACAUUCAGUUGCUGUUAGAAGAGAAGGGCGGAAAUCCUGAAAUCAUCAGAGAAUCCCAACGUCGACGUGGAGCCAAUGUAGAAAUUGUCGACGAAAUUAUCGCUCUGUACAAAGAAUGGACUACUAUCCAAUUCGAAAGCAACCAAAUAAAUAAGCAAAUCAACGAAAUUCAAAAGGAGAUUGGCAAGAAGUUCAAGGCUAAGGAAGACCCUGCUGAAUUGGUCGCUAACAAAGACAAGUUGACCAAGUCAAAGGAGGAGUUGGUUGCAAAGACCAAGGAAGCCGAAGUUGUUUGGAAGAACAAGCUCGGCACUAUUGGUAACAUUGUUCACGCUUCCGUUCCCACUUCCUUGGAUGAGGAUAACAACGAGAUCAUCCGCACUUUCAACUACCAGAACGUUGAGCCCGUCAAGAAGGAUAACAUCUUGUCGCAUCACGAAGUAUUGACCCGCUUGGAUGGUUACGACCAAGAGCGUGGUGCCAACGUCGCUGGUCACCGUGGUUACUUCUUGACUGAAACUGGUGUUGAUCUCAACCUCGCUUUGAUCAACUACGGUCUCUCCUUCCUCCGCAAGAGAGCCUACAAGAAGCUUCAAACUCCUUUCUUCAUGAACAAGGAUGUUAUGGCAAAGACUGCUCAGCUCUCUGAUUUCGACGAAGAGCUUUACAAGGUCUCUGGCGAUGGUGAGGACAAGUAUCUCAUUGCUACAUCUGAACAGCCUAUCUCUGCUUUCCACAUGAAUGAAUGGUUUGAGAAGCCUUCUGAGCAACUUCCCAUCAAAUAUGCCGGUUACUCUACCUGUUUCCGAAAGGAAGCUGGUGCUCACGGCAAGGACACCUGGGGUAUCUUCCGUGUCCAUCAAUUCGAAAAGAUUGAACAGUUCGUUAUUGCUGAUCCCGAGAAGUCCUGGGACCUGUUCAAUGAGAUGAUUACUAACUCUGAGGAAUUCUAUCAAUCGCUCGGCUUGUCGUACCGUAUUGUAGCCAUCGUCUCUGGUGCACUCAACAACGCUGCUGCCAAGAAAUACGAUUUGGAAGCCUGGUUCCCAUACCAAGGUGAAUUCAAGGAACUCGUCUCCUGCUCGAACUGCACAGACUACCAAUCCCGUCGUCUGGAAAUUAGAUGCGGCGUUAAGAAGAUGGGUGAUCGCGAAAAGAAGUAUGUCCACUGCCUCAACUCCACUUUGUGUGCCACUGAGCGAGCUAUGUGCGCUGUUCUUGAGAACUGGCAACGUGAAGAUGGUUUCGAAGUUCCUCCCCCACUUGUUCCAUACAUGGAUGGACGCACCUUCAUUCCAUACACCAAGCCCGCUCCCAAGAAGCAAGCUAAGGCUUAAAUAUGUACCACUUUUUGGUCAAAAACCGAAGAAAAUGUUUACUAAAAUUUCAUUCAUAAAAACAUAUAAAAACGCUACAAUGUAUACAGAUGGUAAUUUUCGAACGAUGGGUAUGGUGGCAAUCAUGCACUUUUUUCUUUGAAUGGCUUGUAAUUGAUUUGUAAAACGUUUGGGUAUGAUCAAACUCAACGGAUGAGAAUGUCGAAAUGACAAUGAGAUAAAAAUUAAAGGAUUCUUUUAUUGCAACAAUCGAAAAUGAACAACUUUCAUUUUACGGUUUGUCGAGCCAAUGGUCACUUAUUUUUCAAGAGUAUUGAGCAUUGAAUAGAUUUUUUGAUGGCAUUUCUCGAGUUCCUAAGAUGAAG